CAAGAAGUAGAGCAUAAAUCAACAGUUACAAAUCAGAGUUCCCAGUCCACUACUGCAAUAAAGAAAGCAGCAUACGCUCCUUCUUCUAAGUCCGCAUUCCCCAAACAAAAACAAAAACAAAAACAAAAAAACCACCAUCAACAACUAUGAAACCCAUCAAUUAUUUUCUCCCUUGUUCAUAUAACUCAUAACCCACACAUUUCUUUUUUUUUAUGUUUCAUUUUUAUGGCAACGGCUAUUUUUCUUGUCUCCCUCGCUUUGUCCACCAUUUUUUCCGUCACCGUAUUUGCUACGGUGUCGGAACUUGACUCAUUGUUAGCCUUCAAGCAUAACCUCAAUGAUCCACUUGGCGCCUUAGAUGGUUGGGAUGUGUCCACGCCGUUAGCCCCUUGUGACUGGCGUGGCGUUGGCUGUUACAUUACUAGAGUUGAUGAGCUCCGCCUCCCCCGCCUUCAUCUUACCGGUGUGCUUUCACCGGAGCUUGGUAAUUUACGCCAGUUGCGGAGGUUAAGCCUUCACUCUAACAAAUUCCAUGGCUCUAUUCCUCAUUCUUUCUCCUCCCUUGCUCUCCUCCGCGCUCUUUACCUUCAUAAUAACUCUCUUUCCGGCGCUAUUCCGCCGGAUAUUCUUUUACUUAAUAAUCUCCAGGUCGUUAAUCUCGCCGGUAACGACUUGUCAGGGAAAAUUUCAGGCAGAAUUUCUCCCAACAUUAGAAUCCUCGACCUUUCUUACAACAAUUUCUCCGGCCAAGUCCCGACGAAUUUUUCAGGUAGCUCGCAGCUCACAUUGAUAAACCUCUCGUCGAAUAAGUUCACCGGUCAGAUUCCCGCCAGUAUUGGCGCGCUUCAAUUUCUGCAGUACUUAUGGUUAGACUCGAAUCUCCUUGUUGGAACUCUCCCGUCGGCGAUCCUCAACUGUACUUCGCUUGUUCAUAUCUCGGCGGAGAGUAAUUUCAUCUCCGGUAACAUUCCGGCGACAAUUGGAGCAAUGCCGGCGCUUGAGGUACUUUCUCUAUCCUACAAUAAUCUCUCUGGUGUGGUCCCCGCCUCUGUGUUUUGUAAUAUAUCAAACCCUAGGUUGCUUCGAUUUCUUUUCUUGGGAUUCAAUGCCCUCACGGGAGUGGCAAAGCCGCCAAAGAGUUGUACAUUCAGAAGUGGUUUGGAGGUCCUAAACCUUCACGGGAACCGCAUUGCUGGCGAGUUUCCGUAUUGGGUGGCGGAUAUUCCAACGUUGAGGGUUUUAGAUCUUUCCGGGAACCUUUUCACAGGGUCACUUUUCCUGAAUUUUGGAAAUUUGACAAUAUUAGAGGAGUUUAGGGUGGCUAAUAAUUCUCUAAAAGGCCCAUUUCCUGAAGAAAUUGCACAAUGUAGUUUGCUGAGGGUUCUUGAUCUUGAAGGAAAUCAAUUUUCUGGUAAAAUUCCGGCAAUUUUUCAGAAUUUAGAUAAUUUAAGGGUUUUGUCAUUAGGGAGGAACAGAUUUGUGGGUUCUAUUGACUUUGAUGUUGGUAGCAUUCAGAGUUUGGAAGUAUUGACUUUGAGUGAAAAUGAGUUGACUGGGGUGGUCCCAAAUGAGAUGCUUCAACUCACUAACUUGACCACUUUAAACCUCAGCUUUAACAAUUUUUCUGGGCAGGUUCCUGUAGGAAUUGGUAAUUUGAAGAGUUUGAGUGUGUUGAAUUUGAGUAACUGUGGCUUUUGGGGUUCGAUUCCGACAAGCAUUGGGAGUAUGAUGAGGUUAAGAGUUUUAGAUUUGAGCAAGCAGAAUGUAUCUGGGAAUCUUCCUGUUGAGUUAUUUGGGUUGCCCAAUUUGGAGGUUGUUGCAUUACAGGAGAACAAUUUACAAGGGGAUGUUGUUGAGGGGUUUAGUAGUUUACUUGGCUUGAAAUACUUGAAUCUUAGCUCCAAUUCCCUAUCUGGUAAUAUCCAGGCGACUUUUGGCUUCCUCCGGUCCUUGAACGUCCUCUCUCUAUCUGAUAAUCGAAUCUCGGGUAAAAUUCCACCAGAGCUUGGCAAUUGUUCAGAGUUAGAAGUAGUUGAACUUGCAAGGAACCGUUUGGCAGGCAAUAUUCCGAAUUCAUUAUCAAGGCUGUCUCAUUUGAAAGAGCUUGAUUUGAGUCACAAUCAUUUGGAUGGUGAUAUUCCAGAGGGCAUUUCCAAAUGCUCAAAUUUGCAGUAUUUGGUUUUGGAUUCCAACCAUUUAUCAGGGUCAAUACCAGGCUCAUUGUCACAAUUGCUACAGCUUAGAGUGCUAGAUAUUUCAUCUAACAAUUUAGGUGGCUUCAUCCCAGAAAAUCUUACCCAUCUAUCAAGCUUGCAAAACCUUAAUUUGUCCUCGAAUCAUUUCGAAGGAGAAAUCCCAAAAACAAUAGGCUCUCACUUCAGUGAUCCUUCAUUGUUUGCAAACAACAGAAACCUAUGUGGGUAUCCAUUGAAGAAAGAGUGCUCAUAUUUGAAGAGGAAGAAAAGGAGGAAGUUGAUAUUGUUUAUUGGUGUUGCAGUUGCAGGGCUUGUUUUCCUAAUACUAUGUUGUUGUGGCUACAUCAUAAGCCUACUGCGUUGGCGUAAAAAGCUGAGAGGCAAGGCAAACGGGGGAGAGAAGAAACCCAGCCCACCGAGAAAAAGCUCUGGAGCAGAAAGAAGUAGAAGCAGCAGCGAAAAUGGUACUCCAAAGCUUGUCAUGUUCAAUAACAAGAUAACCUUAGCAGAAGCCUUAGAAGCAACAAGGCAAUUUGAUGAAGAAAAUGUCCUUAGCAGAGGGAAAUAUGGGAUGGUAUUCAAGGCCUUAUUUGCUGACGGAAUGGUCUUAGCAAUCCGAAGAUUACCAGAUGGAUUUCUUGAUGAUCGUGGCUUCAAAAAGGAGGCCGAGAUGCUUGGGAAAGUAAAGCACAGGAAUCUCACAGUUUUAAGGGGGUAUUAUGCCGGUCCACCUGAUAUAAGACUGCUAGUAUAUGACUACAUGCCUAAUGGAAACUUGGCUACUCUUCUUCAAGAAGCGUCUCACCAUGAUGGCCAUGUUCUAAACUGGCCAAUGAGGCACUUAAUUGCACUCGGUAUCGCUCGAGGAAUCACAUAUUUGCACUCCUUAGAUAUGGUUCAUGGUGAUAUCAAGCCUCAAAAUGUGUUAUUUGAUGCUGAUUUUGAAGCACAUUUAUCAGAAUUUGGUCUAGACAGGUUGACAAUUGCAACUCCUAUUGAAGCCUCAACAUCAACACCACCAAUCGGAACACUUGGGUAUGUUGCUCCAGAAAUGGGGUUAACAGGUCAUGUGUCAAAAGAAGGGGAUAUCUAUAGUUUUGGGAUUGUUUUGUUGGAGAUAUUGACUGGGAAAAGACCCAUUAUGUUUGAGCAAGAUGAAGAUAUUGUUAAAUGGGUCAAGAAACAACUGCAAACAGGUCAAAUAUCCGAGUUACUUGACCCAGGUUUGCUCGAGCUUGACCCGGAAUCAUCUGAAUGGGAAGAGUUUUUACUUGGGAUCAAAGUUGGGCUUCUUUGCACAGCACCAGACCCGAGUGAGAGACCGUCGAUGGGCGAUAUCGUCUUUAUGCUUGAAGGUUGUCGGGUAGGCCCCGAUAUACCUUCCUCCGCGGAUCCGACCUCCCUCCCUUCCCCUGCUGGGUGACCCAUGAAGAAAAAGUUGACUACCCAACCAACUUUGUGAUUCAGAUUUUGUGAUUUUGUUUCAAUUUUAACAAAUUGCAUUAGUGAUUUUUGAUGUCUGUAAAUAGAGUAUUUAAUGUUGUUAUCUUAAUUUGAAAUGUGAGAAUUUCAUUAA